AAAGUCAACAACAUUAUUGUAUAAAAGUAUAAAAUUUUUGUACUCAGAAACUCAUUUUCGUAUCAGUAACAAGAUGAUCAAGUUUGUGAUUUUAGCUUUGUGUGGGUUGAUGUGCCUUACUCAGGCAACACCGGCAAAACUAUCUAAAGAGCUUGGCACUGCUCAAGAAAUUGAAAGGCAACAUGCCUUAAAAGAACUCCAGAACUUUGACUUUACUGGUGCCUUUGUGAAACUUGUGCUGAAAUCUCCCGAGCGAGCUGCAGCCAAUGUCAUUGAACUGUUGACUAAGAACAACAAUGCCGGAGCUGAAGCAGUUUUAGACGCCUUCAAUGCUGGCUUAAACGCAAGGAUUUUUGUCAUAAAUGGAGAUUAUAUUGAAAUUGACAGAACUGCUUUUGAAAGGAUGUUAUUUGAGAAUACUCGCAGUUUUGCUCAAGUAUUUUUCCCUAGUCUCCAACAGCGUUCAGCUAAUGGUAUUUACCAAAGGAAACUCCAAGAGUAUGUUAGUGCAAUUGAAUUUAAACAACCUCUAGAAGAGUUUAAUGCAGUUUUAAUGGCUGAUAGACAACAAAUUGAUGUUAGAGCAAUCUCAUUGGGUGGUAUUUUAAAUUCUAUCACUUCUUCUAUUUCCUCAGUUGUUUCUAAUCUUCUUAGCACAGUGGCCUCUUUAAUUGUUAACCUUUUGAAAUCAAUUGUAAGUCUCGUAAAUAACGUUUUAGCUUGGUUAAAAACUAGAAUCUCAUUGGUGUACACCCUAUUGAACCCAAUUGGAUCAUUAAUCAAUAGUAUCCUUAACCAAAUAAUUAAUUUGCUUUCGAAUCUUAUUACCACUACAACCGAGACUGUAACUUCAAGAAAACGCCGCGAGGUUGCUGCGGUUACAGAAUCGACAACCGCUAACAAAAACAUAAUUACAACGCUGUUGAGCUAUGUUGCAAAUACUUUGGCUUCCCUUAUUGGAGGUGUUGGAGAUGGCGUAGUUAGUUUACUUACAAAUGUCACAAACUUUUUGGCCACUAUUAUUUCUAAUGUGGAGACAACUCUUAAUAAUCUUUUAUGAGUUCUAGUUAAAUAGAAUAGUAUUGGUAAAAUGUAUGAAAAGAAAAUUAAAUAUUUGAUUAAAUAGCUGUUAGUUGUUU